ACGAGAUGACUUCUGUGUAUGUUGAUGUGCUUGUUUGUUUGUUUGUUUGUUUGUUUGUUUGUGUGUUUAUUUGUGUAUUUAUUUGUUUGUGUUUAUUUGUGUGUUCAUUUGUUCAUUUGUGUUUAUUUGUUUGUUUGUUUGUUUGUUUGUGUGUUUAUUUGUGUGUUUAUUUGUUCAUUUGUGUGUUUAUUUGUUCAUUUGUGUGUUUAUUUGUUUGUUUGUUUGUUUGUGUGUUUAUUUGUGUGUUUAUUUGUUUAUUUGUGUGUUUAUUUGUUUGUUUGUUUGUUUGUGUGUUUAUUUGUGUGUUUAUUUGUGUGUUUGUUUGUUUGUUUGUUUGUGUUUAUUUGUGUGUUUAUUUGUUUAUUUGUGUAUUUAUUUGUUUGUUUGUUUGUGUGUUUAUUUGUUUAUUUGUGUGUUUAUUUGUUUAUUUGUUUAUUUGUUUGUGUGUUUAUUUGUGUGUUUAUUUGUUUAUUUGUGUGUUUAUUUGUUUGUUUGUUUGUUUGUGUGUUUAUUUGUGUGUUUAUUUGUUUGUUUGUUUGUUUGUUUGUGUGUUUAUUUGUGUGUUUAUUUGUUUAUUUGUGUGUUUAUUUGUUUGUUUGUUUGUGUGUUUAUUUGUGUGUUUAUUUGUUUAUUUGUGUUUAUUUGUUUGUUUGUUUGUGUGUUUAUUUGUGUGUUUAUUUGUUUAUUUGUGUUUAUUUGUUUGUUUGUGUAUUUGUUUGUGUGUUGUUUGUUUGUUUGUGUGUUGUUUGUUUGUUUAUUUGUUUGUGUUGUUUGUUUGUUUGUGUUUAUUUGUUUAUUUGUGUGUUUGUUUGUUUGUUUGUGUUUAUUUGUUUAUUUGUGUGUUUAUUUGUUUGUUUGUGUAUUUGUUUGUGUGUUGUUUGUUUGUUUGUGUUUAUUUGUUUGUUUGUGUGUUUGUUUGUGUGUUUAUUUGUUUGUUUGUGUUGUUUGUUUGUUUGCUUAUUUGUUUGUGUUGUUUGUUUGUUUGUGUUUAUUUGUUUAUUUGUGUUUGUUUGUUUGUUUGUGUGUUUAUUUGUUUGUUUGUUUGUUUGUGUGUUUAUUUGUGUAUUUGUUUGUGUUUAUUUGUUUGUGUAUUUGUUUGUUUGUUUAUUUGUUUGUGUGUUGUUUGUUUGUUUGUGUUUAUUUGUUUGUUUGUGUGUUUGUUUGUGUGUUUAUUUGUUUGUUUGUGUUGUUUGUUUGUUUGCUUAUUUGUUUGUGUUGUUUGUUUGUUUGUGUUUAUUUGUUUAUUUGUGUUUGUUUGUUUGUUUGUGUGUUUAUUUGUUUGUUUGUUUGUUUGUGUGUUUGUUUGUGUAUUUGUUUGUGUUUAUUUGUUUGUGUAUUUGUUUGUGUGUUGUUUGUUUGUUUGUGUGUUUAUUUGUUUGUUUGUGUGUGGUUUGUUUGUUUGUUUAUUUGUUUGUGUUGUUUGUUUGUUUGUGUUUAUUUGUUUAUUUGUGUUUGUUUGUUUGUUUGUUUGUGUGUUUAUUUGUUUGUUGUUUGUUUGUUUGUGUGUUUAUUUGUUUGUUUGUGUAUUUGUUUGUGUGUUGUUUGUUUGUUUGUGUGUUUGUUUGUUUGUGUGUUUAUUUGUUUGUUUGUGUGUUUGUUGUUUUUUUGUGUGUGUUUAUUUGUUUGUGUGUUUGUUUGUUUGUUUGUUUGUGUUUAUUUGUUUGUGUUUUUUGUGUGUGUUUGUUUGUUUGUUUGUGUGUUUGUGUGUGCAUGAUGUAUGUUCACGUGUGUGAUGUGUGCAUGCGUACGUGUUGUGUUUGAAUGACUGUUGACAUGAUUAUGUUUAAUUAACUACAUCGUGAAGGGUUCAGCCACUCCUGUGUUCGACUCUCUUGUGCACGAGUCAAGAGUCCCAAACAUCUUCUC